UUUGUUGAAAGGAAAGCAUUCAAUUCGACUGGAGUAGUGUAGUAGGUGUCUGUCUCUGUGGGUCAUCUGGGGUCAUCUCUACAUCGCACGCACAAGCAUUGCAACCAUCCCAUCAACACGUCAGUCAACAUUUGGUCGACCACUCCACUCACAAUGCAGGCAGGCAAGCGAUCCAGACAGACAGACAGACAGAAACCCAGGCAGACAGACCGGCGGGAGGGAUCAGCUUAGCUAUCGUAGUCAGUCAGUACACACAAACAAACAAAAAGAACGAGACGACAGCCAGGCAGGGAGGCACGGACGGACUGAUAAUCAGACAGGCAGGCAGGCAGGCAGACAGGCAAGUGCACACCAGCCAGUCCAAAAACAUACAUACGCCUAUGUGUGAGGGUGUGUGGGAUAAAACGAGUACAUGUACAGUCGGUCGAUACUCUGUGUCUGUGUAUGUGUGUGUGUAUGUGGGUGGGUCUCUCCACGUCCAUCCAUCCAUCCAUCCAUCCAUCCAGUCAGGCAUAUGUCAUAUCACAGUGCACUCAUGUGUGCUUACGGUAUGGUGUGUUGAUGUCUGUGUGGAGCGAUGUAAGCUUCUUAAAAGCGGUCAGCCAGUCAGUCACGCGAGCAGGCAGGCAGGCAGGCAGACAGACAGGCAGACAAACAGGCCGGCAUGCGAAACGAACGGAGGGCUGGCAAGGCACAACAUGGCACGGCACGGAACGGCACGCACUUGAGGUACACAAAGUCACCCUCUCCAGUCAGUCAGGUCGGCCGUGCGUGCCACCCACCAUACCAUCCAUCCAUCCAUCCAGCCGCUCGCUACAAUUCCCUUCCUCCUCUCUCUGGGUUACUUAGUUAGUUCGCAGUGAGUUGGUUAGUUAUUGGGAUACGAUACACACUGACUGAGUGGGUCAGGUCACUCCAUGCCCUCUGGCUGCCCCUCCUCGCCCAGGACGUCCUUGAACACCCCCGCUAUCUCCUCCGCACCCUCCACCUGCCCCUCCCCGCCCCCAGCGCCGCCCUCCUGCCCCUCAACGGCACCACCCGCCUCACCUGCACCUGCAGCAGCAGCAGCACCGGCCACCUCGAUCUCCACCUCCUCGGCCUCGACGUGCCCCUUCCUUCCCGGCUUGCCCUUCUUCUUGGGUCGCGGCAGCCCCUCCUCGCCCUGUGUGUCGUCCUUCUGGUCGUCCUUGCGCUUGCGCACCGUUUUGCGGCGGGGCUGCUGCUGGGCGUGGGUGGAGACGGCGGGGGGCACCACGGGGAGCUCCUGCUGCGGCAUGUGCAUCUGGGGCAGCCCCUGCAUCGCCUGCAUCUCCGGCAAGCCCUCCACGUUCUGCACUAUCACAUGCUGCUCCUGCCCGGGCACCUGCUGCAUCUGCUGGACCAUAUGGACGUGGGCGUCCGGGGGCAGCACCAGGCCCUCGGGGUGGUGCGCCAGCGGAAUGCCCUUCUGGAGGGGCUCCUGCAGCGCCACACCCUCGGCUAGCGGCACCCCCUGCGGCACCUCCACCGGAAUGCCGCCCUCCAUCGGGACCUCCUGCAGGGCCUCGUGCAGGGCAGCAUGCUCGUGGUGCGACGCGUCCAAACCCUCGGCGCCCUCGGGGGGCACGCCCAGGGCCGGCGCGGCGUACUGCAGGUAGGCGGCGCUGAGCUGAUCGGCAGACUCGGGAACGGCUCCCUUCUUGCCCUUACCUGAGUGAACACGAAACAGGGCUAGGUGAGAGAGGGGGUGGGGUGUCUGUGGUGGAUGGAUGGGGAGACGGGGAGUGGGAGUGAUGCUUACGUUGAGUCUUGCGUUUGGGUUUGGCGCCGGGGAGGGAGGCCCCGAGCUGCUGGGCUGAGGCGUCGCCGCCCUCGGCCUUCGACAACUUGUUCCUGCUUACACCCACCAGCCGCACACACACAUACACACACAAAUGUCAUGCAGGUGUUGGUGGCGAGGGGAGGCGUGUUCUCUCCAGCGCGCACCACACACGCUUGAGCUCCGAUACGUUUCGAUUGUCCCUCAACGUCUGAGGAAAGGAAGGAUGGAUACGUCAGCCUCCCAGUCUGUGUGUGUGAGAAGGGGGGGAACUGACUGACCUCGAUGUGAGCCGGCAGGGUGUAGCUACUCUCCGUCAACGCGUUAUACAUGCCGUCAGCGGCCUCGCCUAGGAAGACACAACACACAACACAGAGAGAGAGAGAUGUCGGCAUGGCUGUCUGUGUGUGUCAUGUCGUUGGCUGGGUGGCUUUCUGGCUGGCUUACCAACUGAGUCGUGGGCCAUGACCAUGAGUCUGGCCAGCGCCCGCUUAAUCUCCCCCUUAUCGAACAGGUGCACGUGCUUGGCAAUGUCAUCGCCACGGCAACGCUCUAUCUUGACCUGGAUCUUCAUGUCCUGCAUAACACAACACAACACAACACACGGCACACCACACCACAUCACACACGUCAAGCUGGGAGAGGGCGGGAGGGCGGGAGGGUGUGUGGGAGUGGGUACCUACCCGUCCGGACGUGGAUGUGAGGCAUGGUAUCUGCGCCUUCCAGAUGGGUGGGCGACGGCUCUCCACCGACGGCACCUCACGCGACACGAACUCCAUCCACUCGGCAGCGUACUCGUCCUGACAUCAUGUCACCACACACCCGUCUGUGCAGGCGUCUGUCUGUGUCUCGCUGUCUCGUCAGUCAGACACCUACCUUUCGGAAUUUGCCGCAGAUUUUGGAGAGGUAUUCCUUCAGAGCGUCCCUUGGUAUGCGGCCCUCCCCGGCCAGCUCCUCGUCGGGCUCGGUCAGCGGGAAAACCACGUGGUUGAAGACGUAGUCACAACGCAUCUGACACACGUGCGUGCAGCCACAACAAACAGCCAACACAGAGGGAGCGAGCAUGACCUCCAGCUCGCCUCCGAGCUUGCUUUGUGCGUGGCUGACCUCGUAGGUGGCGCCUUGGGCUUUGAACUGCCUGUCGGUGUCCUUGCUAUAGACCACCUGCUCGCCCCCCUCACCAGCUGCCGCCGCUGCGGCUGCGGCCAUCGCCAUGGCCUGUUCGGGGUUCGCGGCUGAGAUACAGCGCGCAGAGAGCGCGCACAGGGGUCGACACAGACAUUUUGUGAGACGUGUGGACGCGUGUCACUAUGAAUGUGACGUACCUGCCCAGGCCUGCUGUUCCAUCGCCUGCUGCUGCUCCAUGGCCUGUUGCUGCUCCAUGGCCGCUUGCUGCUGCUCCAUCGUCCCCUCAAUGGCCUGGGUAUAGCCCUCCACGUGUCCCUCCUCCAUUACGAUACAACGAGCUGUCAGAGGAGGCCUCACACGAGCCUCGCACGAGCCUUCUACUCAC